AUGUUCAGUCCAGAUUCGGGACCUAAUUUCGAUACAUGGAUGAGAAGAAUUGCCACUCCGAAAUAUAGUGGAAUCAUUAACGAUAAUGGCGUCAGUGCCGUUAAUGGAAUUAAUACCGUAUAUGCGAACAUCGGCGGUAGACGGUAUUCCGCACAGCUUCCGCCCACCACUUUUUUUUUGAUGAACUCCUACUACAGAAACUACAACGGUCAGCAGACUGAACAACUGAAGAUCGCCAUAAAUGACGACGUUACCGUAUACAAAACCGAGAACGGCAAGACCACUGUCACAGACGGCUAUGGAAACAUAAAACGAGACGGUGGACCGUUUCGUAUAAUAUCAAGUGUCAUUUAA